CUUCAUAAAUUACAGGUUGAUUUUAUUUCAGUCGUCUACAUGCAAAGGCAAGCUUCCUGUUCCGUGAAGAAGUCGUCCCCUUCAAACAACUUUUUGUCGUCCGCAGAGAAAUCCAGCGACUGGUCGUUUAUAAUCAUUUUAAAUCGAUGUCGGGGUUUUUCAUUUGCAGGAAGGACUCCAGAAUCCUGCUUCUCGUAGCCUCCAAAAGCAUCGUUUGAAAAACUCACUGGUGCUGCAAAAACCAAAAACUGCUCAUCUUCAUUACACUGAGUCAUGGAGUCGCAACAGGAGCAAGAACAGUCUCCAGCUCUCGACGAUUGCUUGAAGCUAUUGAAGGGCGAGAGAGACGAGCAACGCCUUGCUGGCCUGCUUCUAGUUACCAAAUUUUGCAAAGGACACGACACCGCUUCACUCCGCAGGGUUUAUGAAGCAGUCGGCGUUCACUUUCUCGAUAGGCUCUUGAGGACUGGAAUGGGUAAAGGAACUGGUAGUGGCGAUGGAGCUAAUAAUCGCGAUGCAUAUUUGCAGCUAUCUGUUACUCUUCUUGCUGCAUUUUGUCGAAUUCCUGAAAUCGCUUCAUCGGAAGUUAUGAUCUUGAAGAUUCCAGCUAUACUGGAAAUAAUUUCGAAAUUAAAUUCACCUGUUCUGGAAGAAUGCUAUGAAUUCUUAUACCUGGUAACGUCUUCUGAGGACGGGGCCGCAACAUUUUAUGAAUCUGGAGGCAUGAAAGUGUUAUCUUCUCAAAUGUGUUCUCUGCCAGAUGGUUCUCAUAUGAUGGAGCUUGCUAUGAGAAUUAUACAGUCUAUGCUUAAGCUCUCUCUGGACUUCACCGAGAAUAACUACCUAGCAGAGCUGUCAAUGGUGGUGGUGUCAUUAGCAAGGCAGUUUGCUGUGUUGCACAAUCAACUGAAAUUUGAAGCGCUUCACUUGCUUUCCGAGAUAUUCUCAUCAAAUUACUCGCAAUUGCUGCAUGAUGCACUGCGUGCAAUGAUAGGGAACAAGUGGCCAGAUUAUAUGCAUGUUGGUAUUGUUGCUAUUUUGCAGAACCGAGUAGCACCUGCGGAAAAGCUUCACGCCCUUAUUUUGGCUGAAUCUAUGGUGUCUAUAUUGGGGGAGAGCUGGCUGAUUGGUCAGCCAAAUUUACCUGAUUUACAAGACCCCACACCAGCUGACAGGUGUCUUUUUCUUGUCUUUGAAUCAUCAAGGGUUGAAGUUGCUGUUUUGCUCAAUGAGCUGGCCUAUUUGAAGUAUGAAGCUUCCAAGAAUACUUCAACUACUGCUGAAACUAUUCAGUUUAAGCAACGAAAUUUGGCAGUUGCCUUUUCCUUGGUAGAGAGGAUAAUAAAAUUAAUAUCAACAAUGGCUGGACAUGAAGAGGAACUCAUUGCUGAAAGCACCCUUCUGAAGGUUAUCAAUGGGCUUAAUGAGACAGUAAAUGUAGUACUGGAGUAUCUACAAGAUGCAAAGGAACAUGGACAUAAGAAAGGAAAUGAUCUUCUUGCUUCAGUUCGGGUUGUUGGGAGUUAUCUUGCAGAAACACCCAACGCAUGCAAAGAUAAGGUCAGAGAACUUUUGAGGUAUAUGUUGUCAAUUGAAGGUGAAGAUGAAUCAAGCCCUUUUUACUCUAUAUGCUUUCUACUUCCCAUGCUGUGUCAAAUUACAAUGGAGGUUGAAGGAUGUAAAGCUGUUGUUUCUUGUGGAGGUUAUAAAGCUGUGGUUGAAUGCCUUAUAAAAGUGAUUGGACCAAGUCACUAUACAGUUGAAGAUAAUAGUUGCAUCUUCUUGGCUUGUGAUACAAUUUUGAAUUUGCUUUUGAAGAAAGAGCAAGUGCGACUUUCAAUGGAUGAAUCAAAUAUUAUCGAUCUUUUGAUGGCCUUGGGCUAUUGGGCAGAGGAUGCUACUGACACAUCUGUGCUUAUGAUGGCUUCAAGUAUUUCUGCACUUCUGCUUGGUUACACAUCGGAGGAGGCUCUUCUUAGUCAUUCUAAAUUCAACAGCAGCUCACUCAGUAGUCUAUCUCGGCUAUUUGCAAGAAGUCUGGCUUUUCCUAAGCAGGACAUGUCUGAUGCUGUCAGAGCAGAAAUGGAUCUUCUUGAGAUUGUUAGCUCAGGUUUUUCACAGUGGGCUCACCGGUUUCCAAGCAUAUGUAAAGCAGUUGAGAGAAUUUCAUAGCCAUUGUUGCACAAUACUGAAGCUUUUCUAAGAAUGUAUUCUUAUGGGAAUAUAUUUUCCUUUUAAAAAAAGAUUGUCAGGCAGUUGCCUGUAUUUUGAUCUAUAUAUAGUAAUUACAGGUGUUGUAUAGUAAUGUUGGUUAAAACCAUAUUUUAUACAUGGUUAGAAUUUCUCACCUAGAAAA